AUGCCUCUGUCCAAUGACGAUCGAGGAUGGAUUAUGACCGGGUUGAGCGGUGUUGCCUGUAUAUUCGGUGCUGCUUUCAUCUGCGUGGAUGUGAUUGUUCGACUGUUCCCCGGAAAGAAAGGAUGGCGGAUACAGGAUAGCGAUACAUUCCUAUCGUUGUCGCUCAGUCUGAGUUUUGGCGUCAUGUUGUUCUCAGCAUUAUACAGCAUGCUCCCAUCUGCAAAAUCGUCGCUCAUAAAGGGAGGCUUCUCUUCUCAGAAGGCAGCAUGGAUUCUGAUAGCAUGUUUCAUUGGGGGUGUCGUGGGCAUUCAGGUUCUCUCACGGAUAAUGCACAAGUUCGUUCCACACAAUGUGGUUGAUUGCGAACAUCACCAUGAGGACGAAGAGGCCCAUAAGGAGGAUCACGAUCUUCAUGAACAUAGCCACGACGAACACAACCACCACCACACGAAACCGCAAGGAAAGCAAUCAAGAACAGCUUCUCAUGCUGGACACAUAUCGAAGCCGCAAAGGUCUACAUCACAUCCAGCAUCGAGUGGACAUGGAGCGUCAAUCGCAUUAGACGGCGGCGUCGAUGAUCAUCGCUCGCAUGCCAUGCCAGAAACGACAGAAGUGCGACCGUCGCUAAAUCAACGUCCGACACUACAGAAACAAAUCACCGAAAGCAUAUCGAAGCUUACCGUAGGGAAGGAUCCGUCAUGUGACUGCGAUGGGCCCUGUUAUGGGUACAGCGACUUGUGCCAGUCCGAGUGUUUCAAGAAUGUCAAUGCAAGAGGAGGUUUCAAAGCGCCCAAGCCCACGACGGGAGUGCAGCGGCCUUCCGCGGUGAAGAAUGCUACCGCUACAGAAUCGACGCCUUUGCUGCAAGGCAUCGAAGAGGAGCCCAUAAGACGACCACAUACGAGAGCGGCACCAGAAAGCAACACCAUCGCGCAUGCGGGAGAGUUGGAUCACGAUCAAGGACCUUCAGAUGACAGUUCAGGAACAGUCGUCAACGUUGAUGGCGCAACACAGUUACGAAAGACGACCUCUCACGAGAGCGAAGACGACGAACACCCUGAGCAUCAUCACCACCACGUCCCUACGAAUGCCUUUCUUUCGAUAGGUCUGCAAACAUCGAUAGCCAUCGCCCUUCACAAGCUACCCGAGGGCUUCAUCACUUACGCAACGAAUCACGCCAACCCACAAUUAGGGGUCAGCGUGUUCCUUGCGCUUUUCAUACACAACAUCACAGAAGGGUUUGCCAUGGCAUUACCUUUAUACCUCGCCAUCAAUAGUCGAUUGAAGGCGAUGCUGAUAUCGUUCGUCUUGGGCGGCCUUUCCCAACCCCUCGGAGCUGGCGUAGCGGCUCUCUGGUUCAAACUUGCAGGCAAGAGUGGAUGGGAGCCGAGCGAAGCAGUGUACGGAGGCAUGUUCGCGGUGACGGCGGGCAUCAUGGCGAGCGUGGCGUUGCAAUUAUUCGCGGAGAGUUUGGAUUUGACGCAUUCGAAGCAUUUGUGCAUGAUUGGAGCGUUCUGCGGCAUGACCAUCUUGGGUAUCAGUUCUGCAUUGACGGCAUGA